CUCUCCCGCCGCAGCCGCUGUCCGGUGGCGCCGCUUCCUCCCAGUUCCAGGCCCGCGCGGCCCCACCCCGGCUCCGACCCCUUCCCCGCGACAUCCAGCCACCUUCUGCCGGCGCGUCCCGCCCUGUCUCCCUGCCCUGUCCCCACCCCAGAGUCCACGCUCCCAAGGGUUUAGCUCUCGCCGCGGCGCGGGCAAUGGCGAUGCGGGGCUGGGAGCGCUGGUAGAUUCUCAUCCCGCGGGGCAGCCUGUUGCCACCUCGCCAUCGCAGGGUAUGGGGAGAAACGGCGAGGUGUGGGAGGAGGCGGGAGUGGGCGGCGGCGUUCGGAGGCGGAAGGGUGGCUUGGAGGCGGCGGGCGCGGGCGCGUCGUCCUCCUUCGCCGAGGGGAUGGGGGAGUUCGUGCUGAGCUCCAUGGACGCCAGGUUUUCCGGAUCGGUGGGCGAAGAUGAGUUGUUCGUCUCGUCGCGGCAGCGAGUAUUUGGGCAUAGCAAAUCGACAGCUGCAAGUUCUGGUAUUUUUAAAGGGCAAGAGCACACUUUUGUACGAUCAUACUCUGAUAGGUUACUGAAGUGUGACCUCACUUUGGAUAUGCUAUCGGAAAAUGAGAAGAUAAAGAUAUUCGAGAAGCUGGUAAAGUUCCAGAAUGAUGGUACCGUGGAGGUAGAUGUGACACGUAGUGCUCUUGUUACCUCAGAACUCUCAGAGAUUGAUGCUUUUGGUUAUAUACCGCAUGAAAUUGAAAAAGUUACACCUGGAAUCACCAAGUCAGUCCCAAAGUUGAAGAUUGCUAUACUUGUAGUUGGAACCCGAGGGGAUGUUCAGCCUUUUAUAGCAUUAGCUAAAAGACUUCAGGAAUUUGGUCAUUAUGUUAGACUGGCAACUCAUGUCAAUUUCCGUACUUUCGUGAAGUCAGCUGGCAUUGAUUUUUACCCAUUGGGUGGUGAUCCUCGGAUUAUGGCUCAGUACAUGACAAAAAACAAAGGGUUUUGCCUGGCUGCACCAACAGAGAUUUACGCUCAAAGAAAGCAACUUAAGGAAAUUAUCUUCUCAGUUCUACCUGCAUGCACAGAACCUGAUUUGGAUACUGGAACACCAUUCAGAGCUCAGGCAAUAAUAGCAAAUCCUCCUGCUUAUGGUCAUCUGCACAUUGCUGAGGCUCUUGGAAUACCUCUGCAUAUCUUCUUCACUUUUCCAUGGACGCCAACCGAUGAAUUUCCACAUCCAUUGGCACGAAUGCCUCAGAGCGCAACCUACAGGCUAUCGUAUCUUAUUCUGGAUUUAAUAAUUUGGUGGGGCACCAGGGGAUUCAUAAAUGAUUUUAGGAAGAAAUUAAAUUUGCCCCCUAUUGCUUACUUCAGCACAUACCACGGAUCUAUAUCUCACUUACCUACUGGAUACAUGUGGAGCCCUCAACUUAUGCCAAAGCCAAAAGACUGGGGCCCUCUAGUAGAUGUUGUGGGAUAUUGCUUCUUAAAUCUUGGAACAAAGUAUCAACCACCACCGGAGCUAUCACAGUGGCUUCAACAGGGGACCAAGCCAAUAUAUAUUGGUUUUGGUAGCAUGCCUCUUGAUGAUGAGAAGAAAGUCACUGCUACCAUUUUGGAUGCAUUAAGAGAAACAGGACAAAGGGGGAUCAUUAGCCGUGGUUGGGGAGCUCUUGGAAGUUUUUCAGAAGUUCCAGUGGAUGUCUUCAUCUUGGAGGAUUGCCCUCACGACUGGCUAUUUCCUCGAUGUGCUGCAGUGGUGCAUCAUGGUGGAGCAGGUACUACAGCCGCAGGGCUGAUAGCUGGGUGUCCUACCACAGUAGUGCCAUUCUUUGGAGACCAGUUCUUCUGGGCUGAGAGAGUUCAUGCACGAGGAGUGGGUCCUGCACCUAUACCUAUAGCAGCACUCACAGUUGAGGCACUUUCCAAUGCAAUAAGAUUCAUGCUUGAUCCUGAGGUAAAAUCACGAGCAAUGGAGCUGGCGAUAGCAAUAGGGAAUGAGGAUGGCGUGGCGGCUGCUGUAGACGCAUUUCACCGACAUCUGCCUUCGGAGUUGCCACUUGCUCCACCUGCACAUGUAGAGGAAGAACGCAUAGACUUCUUCCAAUGGUUUUCCCGAGCCCUAGAAAAGUGUUGUUCUCCAUUCAAUUUUUAGCUGUGAUUCACAUUUUAGGUAGUUAAUAUUUAUUCAUUCAUGGGUUAAAAAAAUAAAACACAAUCUUCAGAAAAUAGUGGAAUAAAUGAUGGUUUACGCUGAGGGUGUUUCCCCCCUUCGAAUCCCAAUAUCCCAUCGUGAAUGCGAUAACAAUAAACAAGAUCGUGGUGUUUAUAGCUUUGCCACCGUAAAUGGUUAGGCAACUGGAGUUGUAUACAUUAUUACAUUCAUAAUUUGUUGUUAGUCCGAAAAUAUUGUACUA